UGUGCCUGUGCUUGUAGCCUUGGGUGGUUUAGCUCCCUUGGUCUCCAAAACGGCAUUUCUGCAAUAACAGCCAUUUAGAAGGAAUCGAGAUAAAUCAAAACUAUGGGUAGACGUUUCACCUCGUAUAAUUUUCAAAGCUGAAUCCUCCAACGGGUUUGACUUGUUGCGGUGCCAUAGUGUCCAAGGUAUAGAGUUAGUAGUGCUCUGACGCGUCAGCUUUUCCAUCCUCUCGAGCAGCAGUCCCAGCUGGAGCAACGUCACUAGGAAACACGUGCUCAGCGGGACACUCUCUCACACACAAAAUUGGACUUUCGAUCCCGCUUUCGCUGAGGCUGGAAAUAUCACAAACAGAUGAGCACUCGCCAUUUACGUACGGCAGACAAGGCCACCAAUGAGCGAAAUACCAAGGUUUUAAAGUCGUUGUUACAGCAGCCUGAUAACAAAUACUGUGCAGACUGUAGGAAAAAAGAUCCACGAUGGGCAUCUUGGAAUAUCGGUGUGUUCGUUUGUAUACGAUGCUCAGGUGUUCAUCGGUCAAUGGGAACCCAUAUUAGCAAAGUCAAAUCGGUGGAUUUGGAUACUUGGUUACCAGACCAGGUAGAAAAUAUGGUCAAAUGGGGUAACGCACGAGCUGCUCUUUAUUGGGAAGCCAACUUAAAAGAUAGAAAGCCUUCAGAAAGCAACAUUGAUGGAUGGAUUCGAGCCAAAUACGAACAUAAGCGAUGGGCUAUGAAAGGUCCUGUUCCUGACCCUAGCACAUUGGGGGAUGGCUCUGAAACUGUGUCGGCCACUGCACAGCCUUCUCAGCAAGUCCAGCCCGUUGUCGCCCCCAAGCCUAAGUCAAGCUCUGACUUUGCUAAUCUCGACGCUUUUCUAGGAGCACCCUCUGCAACUCAUCGGGUGGCCGACUCCUCGUCACCUCCCAAUCAACUUCAUGGAGCCAACUUCUUUUCUAUGGCAGAUGAGGAAAUCCGACACUCCUCCUCUGCUCCUGUGACGCCAGCACAAUCGCGUCCAGAUACACCGUCGACAGCGUCUAUUAAGUCAGCUGAUAAUGGGGGUUCCAAGCACAACAACCUGAAAUCUUCCAUUCUCUCGUUGUACAACAGUCCAAGAGCAAAUGCUAGUGCUGGUGGUCUUAGUACCCAACCCACGACAAGCUAUGCUAACAACCUUGGAAACUACCAGCAGCAAUUGAGCGGGCUAGCAAUGGGACCUCCUAGCGGGAUGAUACCACAACCACCGCCGCAACAGGCAAAUCAAUACCAAAAUGUAUGGGGAGGGUUUCAAGAAGGGUCUAGCCAACAGGCUUGGAGCAACAACAAUGAUUUCACGAGUUUCAAUCAGGCACCACCAGCAUUCCAGCAAAUCCUUCAAACCCUCAGCGGCCAAAUUUUGAUGCUUUUGCCGAUCUUGCAAACUUUGGAAGUUAGUUUGAUUUUUCUCUCUUAGAAAGUAAUAAUGAGAAACGCGUAUUUUAAAAAUCUCCAAGCUUAAAAAUGAUUAUCAGACUGAGAAGGGGAAGAAAAGUCCUUGGGAGCACUGCAGCAGCUCCGUACCAGUCGAGAUCGCGAGCCUGCUGUUUUGGUUCGUUAGUGCGUGGUACGACUGCAAUCUCACGCCUUUUUUUUUUUAAAUUAUUUUAUUUAUAUUAUACAUUUUUUGUAGUCUAUGGUUUUUUGAUCCUUUGGUAUAAUGCAAAGUAUUCAGUAAGCCAUCUUUUUAUGAGCAUGCACUUGUAAGAAAGGAAG